AUGAGUCCUAAUCCUGCAUCUGGAGAUGAAGAAGGUUCAGCACCUUCACAUAAUGUUCAUCAAUACCCAAGUGAACCAGAUAUUCAUACAAUGGCUUCUAUUAAAGCAACACUUUCAAAAAAAGCAGAAGAAUUAGUUAAGGCUGGUCAACCUUAUGUAAUGACAAGUUUAGGACCAAUCCCAUUGCCAGAUAAUGUUAGAAAUCAAAUUCCUGAAAAAUUUGUAGCUGCUCCAGUAUUAGAAGAACGUGAAGUUAUUGUUGCUAAAAGAGAAGUGCAGGAAAGAAUUAUUGAAGUUCCACAAAUUCAAUAUGAACAUAAAUUUGUAGAAGUUCCUCAAAAAGUUGUUGUAGAAAAAAUUAUUCCUAUACCAAAAGAUGUUGUAAGAGAAGUUGAAAUUCCUAGAUACACAGCAACUGUUGAGGAAAAAGUUAUUGAAGUACCACAAGGUAUUAAAUUUGUUGAAGUUCCAGUAGAAGUUCCAAUUGCUUAUCCACCAAGAAUUGUCCCUGUGCCUAAACCACAAAUUGUUGAGAGAAUUGUUGAAUUAUCACGUCCAGUUAUUGAAGAAAGAUUACUUGAAAUACCUCAAAAAGUAUAUCGUCAGGUACCAUAUUACAAGGAUGUAGAGGUUCCAUUUGUAGUUCCUAGAUAUGUUGAGAAAUUGGUUGAAGUUCCAUUUCAUCCUGGAAUGUUAUUAGAGGAUCUGAAUCAACCAUUUCCAGUUCCUCAAUCUAAUCCAUUUAUUGGUUCAGCUCCACCAAGUGCUCCUUUAUUAUCAAUGCCUCCACCUAUGUAUGUUCAAGAAGAAACUGAUGAAUCUGUUUCGGAUGGUUUACCUUCUCAUCCAGCAAUACCACCAUAUCAUAUGUUACCACAACCUCAACCAGGUGUUAUUCCACAAAUGAUCCCCUUAGCAAAUCCUUAUGCAGCUUUCCCAUUACCUCCAGGUGUAGUUAUGCCUCAACAUAUGCUUCAUGCUGGUAAUACUGCUUACAUUCCAGGUAAAACACCUAUACCUUUUAAUGCUCCUUCUCAAUCAUCUCAACAUUUAUUACAAGGUGCUCAAAUUGUUCACCCAUUACCACAAAUACCACAACAAUUUAAUCAUUAUCCUCCAAAUCAUCCACAACAAUAA